GUUGCCCACACUGCACUCUGAGCCCUCAGGAUGCCUUGCUCUAAGCUGCUCACCUUCCUAAAGGGUCUGUCCCGGGUGAAGCCGCUGGAGCCGGAUGGCGAGAGCUCUGAUUUCUGCCGCUGUUUGACUACGCUGGACCUGGUGGCACUGGGCGUGGGCAGCACCCUGGGCGCUGGCGUCUACGUGCUCUCGGGUGAGGUGGCGCGCACUGUAUCCGGCCCCAGCAUCAUCGUCUCCUUCUUCAUCGCCGCCGUGGCAUCCGUGUUUGCUGGGCUGUGUUACGCCGAGUUCGGCGCCCGUGUGCCCAAAACAGGUUCUGCGUAUCUGUACAGCUACGUGACUGUGGGUGAAGUGUGGGCCUUCAUUACAGGAUGGAACCUGCUGCUGUCCUACAUCAUAGGUACGUCCAGCGUCGCCCGGGCCUGGAGCGGAACGUUUGAUGACCUCAUAGGGAAUGUCAUCGAUUCUUAUAUGAGGAACAAUGUAGCCAUGAACUUACCUGGACUCGCUCCUUACCCAGACUUCUUUGCAGCUGCACUUAUUAUGCUUCUGGCAGGUAUCCUUGCUUUCGGAGUCAAGGAGUCCGCGAUGGUCAACAAGAUCUUCACCGCCGUAAACGUGCUUGUGCUGCUGUUCGUCAUCAUUGCUGGAUUUAUUAAAGGUGACAUUAAAAACUGGCAGCUAACCGAAGAGGACAUCGUCAACACCACCACAUCGACUAACCCAAACAGCACUACUGAUACGUUGAUAUACGGGACUGGAGGAUUUUUCCCUUUUGGAUUUGCAGGAACGUUGUCUGGAGCUGCAACCUGCUUCUACGCUUUUGUAGGAUUCGAUUGUAUCGCCACUACAGGUGAGGAGGUCCGUAACCCUCAGAAGUCGAUCCCUGUGGGUAUCGUGGCGUCGCUCCUGAUCUGUUUUUUGGCCUACUUUGGAGUUUCGGCCGCUCUCACGCUCAUGAUGCCCUACUACCUGCUGAGCGUCCAGAGCCCUCUCCCUGUGGCCUUCACGCACGUAGGCUGGGAACCAGCGAAGUACGUUGUGGCCGUCGGGUCUCUGUGCGCACUCUCUACAAGUUUGUUGGGUGCGAUGUUCCCGAUGCCGCGUGUCCUGUUUGCCAUGGCCCGAGAUGGACUUCUCUUCAAACCCCUGAGUCGAAUGAGCUCCAGACAGAGUCCCGUCUUCGCCACGCUCACGUCGGGAAUAGUGGCAGCCAUCAUGGCGCUUGUGUUCGACCUGAAAGCUCUGGUGGACAUGAUGUCCAUCGGUACGCUGUUUGCCUACACGCUGGUGGCCAUCUGCAUCCUCAUCCUCAGAUACCAAGGGGAUUCGGACAAGCUGAGCGAGAAGGAGAAGUGGACUUUAAUGCGACCGCCAUCUUCACCUACAGCCACCAGCUCUAAAGUCGUCUCCAUACUGACCAUGAUCAUCAUCGUGUUGACAAUGGCUGUGAGUGUGAUUCUGACGAAGGGGUUGGACGUGGUGGGGACGUGGUGGAUGAUUCUGAUCAUCUGCGUACUCGUGCUGUUUUUACUCACUGCGCUCGUCAUCAUCUGGAGACAACCACAGAGCAGCACCAAAGCCGCCUUCAUGGUUCCUCUUGUGCCGGUGCUUCCCAUCCUCAGCACUUUCGUCAACAUUUAUCUGAUGGUUCAGCUGGGAGGAGAGACGUGGAUCCGUUACGCAGUGUGGAUGGCAAUAGGGCUGCUGAUCUAUUUCGGCUACGGCGUUUGGCACAGCGUCCAGAAGAAACGAGACAAAACCUCUCAUCGCCCCGAGACGAAAACCAUCUGCACCCAAAGGGAGGAAACGAAGAAAGACAACGUUUCUCUACAACAAACCAAGCUCUAAACUUUUAGCCGGUCUCUACCCGAGCCUUAUUAAUAUCGAUUCACAAUACAGUUUUUUUCUUUUUUUUUUUACUGGAUUGUCGAUGACAGUGUGUGCGCGGAUCAGGGUGUGUCCAUUUGUAAAAUUUCUUUUACAAGACAGACAUGAAACGUUCUAAUGACUUGAUCAUCUAAAAAAAGCCAUUAUAAAUAUUAUAUACACGUUAUUUUUUAUAGACUAUGUAUUUUCUAUGCCAUAUUCUGUAAUAUUUCAGCUGCUGAAAUGCUGACUAAAGAACUGAAUAUCGGUAUUGAUAUCACGAACGAAUGUGGCCAGAUUUGAUUAUUACUCCUCUCUGUUUUUGUUCAAGGUGUUUUGUGUCUGAGAAUGUGUAAAUAUUGUCAGUAUUUUUCCAUGGAAGACUAAAAGCAGGA